GGCUAAACAAACACGCCCUACUUGUGGUCUGUUGUUCUGUUUGUUUAUCUUUACUGUGAGUAUUAUAAAAGGUACCUCGUUGCUCAACAUCAGCAAUAGCACGAGUUCUUGUGAAGUUCAUUGUUCCAGAUCUACCUGCUCUGAAAGAAAGCCACACACGCGCGCGCUGUGUCUCUUCCAAACUCUCUUUGUUUCUUGGCUCCUCCUCCGGACCACAAUGUGACAGAUUCAACUCGUCCGAGGCGAGCAGCUCAGCUCUUCACUUAUUCCCACUGUCACUAUCACGCUUUGAUCGAUGUCCUGACGCACAGACAACAUCUCGGUUUUUUUUAGCCCCUUCAUACCAAGCUGAUUUUACUUUUCGAUUAAAACGGAAUUGUUUUGUUGUUUUAUUAAUUCUCCCGUGAUUCAUUACUUUUGUCCGAUCACUUUCAAGAGAUUUAUUCAGUGCUGACCAUGGCCACACCGGCUGCGCUGCUGCCCGCGACACCGAUGUCCCACGCGUCUCCGAUCUCGGUCGCCGCGGCGGUGAACUCCUCGACCCCGGCGACCCUCUCACCCUCUCCGUCCGUCACCCCAUCCGGACCGAGCUUCUUCAGAACAGAACUGCUCUGCUCCGCGAGCCCGGGCAUCCCCAUCGGAAGUCUCCCGCACAAACCCGUGUAUUCCACUCCUUCCCCAGUGGAGAACACCCCUCAAAACAACGAGUGUAAGAUGGUCGAGGUCCGAGGCGCAAAGCUCGCGUCUUUCACUGUCAGCGGCAACGAGCUCAUCUGCCUCCCGCAGGCGUUUGACCUGUUUCUCAAGCACCUGGUCGGUGGACUGCACACCGUAUACACGAAACUCAAACGUCUGGAGAUAACGCCCGUGGUGUGCAACGUGGAGCAGGUUCGCAUCCUUCGUGGACUGGGCGCGAUUCAGCCCGGAGUCAAUCGCUGCAAACUCAUAUCGAGAAAAGACUUCGAGGUCCUCUAUAACGACUGCACCAAUGCAAGCUCCAGACCUGGCAGACCUCCUAAACGAACCCAGAGCAUGACCUCACCCGAGAGCCCUCAUGUCCUGUCCCACUCCGUCUCUGGACUCAUGUCCUCAGGAAUGAUGUCUCACACUGGCCUGACAGCUGCCACACUCGCUGAAGCCAUGAAGAAGAAGAUCAAAUUGGAGGUGAUGAAUAGUUACCAUGGCAAUAAUAACCACGGCACAGACUCUGAGAAUGGUGACAUCACCUCCAGCAUGGGUUUGGAACUUCCGUUCAUGAUGAUGCCACACCCCUUGAUCCCUGUUAGUCUGCCUCCUGCCUCGGUCGCCAUGGCGAUGAACCAGAUGAACCAUCUCAGCACUAUUGCCAAUAUGGCAGCUGCCGUUCAGGUCCAGAGUGCCCCGUCCAGAAUGGUGACAUCAGUUAUAAAGGAGCGAGUUCCAGACAGCCCAUCACCUGUACCCUCUUUAGAUGAUGGCCGCAGGACAGGGAGCCACUUAUCCUCCAGACAGAGCAGCAGCGUGUCCAGCUCUCCUGCCCACACAGAGAGCUCUUCUGACCGGCCACAUUUACAUCAGAAUGGUCUUUCUCUUGGCCACGCCUUGUUAGGCCUGUCUCCAAGUGCACCACCAGGACCGAAAGAGGGGGAUCUGGCAACCCACGACACAGGCCAUGAAACAAAGAGGGCUUCUACAGAAAAAGAAGAAAAUGUCCUUUACACCCCGACAUCUCGAGACAGCUAUGAGCGAGUGUCUCAUUCUGGGCCAACAUUACCCCCAGGAUUCCCUGCUUCACUGCUCUUUCCUGAGGGCCUGUCCUCCAUAGAAACCCUCCUCACCAACAUACAGGGUCUGUUAAAGGUGGCUAUCGAUAAUGCACGGGCGCAAGAGAAGCAGGUCCAGCUGGAGCGCACAGAGCUGAAGAUGGAGCUGUACAGAGAGCGAGAGCUGCGAGAGACUCUGGAGAGGCAGCUCUGCGUCGAGCAGAAAAACAGAGCACUCAUCCAGAAGCGUCUGAAGAAAGAGAAGAAGACCAAGAGGAAACUGCAGGAGGCUCUGGAGGUGGAGUCCAAGAGAAGAGACCAGGCCGAGCAGAAUCUGCAGCGGACGUCCUGCGACCCUCCUCAACAGGAAAUGGAGACAAACAAUAACAGCAGCAGCAAAACAGACACUGACAGAACAAUACAAGAUGGAAGACUCUUUCUAAAGUCCACAAUGAUGUACUGAAGAAUGAAGACAAGGAGUAAAUGCAUUCAUACUGUAUAGAAGAGCCUGUAGUCAAUUGCCUGGUAAAUAACGUCUGCAUUUCUGCUGGAGGACGGAUGGAAGACAAUGAGGCAGUUUUAUAGGCUGAUGUCAGUGUGUUGCAGCACAAGGACUUGACAAGAUUAUUAUGCCCAUUGAAAGUCAGCAUUCAGUUGAAUAAAGCCCGAGUCCUCAUGAGACACACAUCUGGCUGAAGGAACAGGUUUCCAGGGGGCUUUUGGCAACACUGAGAAAUUAAAAACAUUUUAUAAAGCAUUUCAAUUUGCCUGACUACACUGACUGAUGAAAUAUUCAAAUCAGAUCACUUUUUGCCCUUCUACCAUUUCACAUUUUACAUCAGUUUCAAAACAUCAUUUCAUUUUCAAGGGAGGGGUCUGAAGAAAGAUUUGAAUUUGAUUUACAGUAGUUAUUUAUCAACUAUAAACACUGCAUUAAAAUGUGUAUUGUGUAUCUGUCUGUUAUUUCAAUAAGAAGGUAGCUGUCCAUAUUUUUAUUUUUCAUUGUUGUACCAUAACAGAUAUGUUGAUAUCAUCAAAUAUGUACAUAAAAGUUUAGACAUGUUACUGUGCAUUGUACGCUGUAGAUCUAGGAAAUCAAUACAAACAUUUUUAAGAAGAUUUCUUGCAUCUAAGUUAUUUUUUGUUCAGUUGCCGUUUAAUAUCCUACUCGACAUGGAGAGCAUGCUGGCGUGUCGUUACUUCUGUCCUGUCCAUCUGAAACACAAUAAAGAUUUUUCCCACAUGCUUUACAAGGGAGACGUUUGAAAACUGACUGACUGAUGCUUGUUUUGUGUGACUUCUCUAGAAAAACU